CUUCUCUCCGUCUGUGCUUUUGCAUUACAACUACCUGCGUGCCUUUGGGAGAAAGGAGGAGUAAGGGGAACGGGGCAGGCAAAGAGAGCUAUUUGCGCAGGCGCAAAAAACCGGGAGGCUGAAGAGCGAAUCAUAACGUAGGAAACAAAACUGCCGGCUUUCAAAUCCUCCGCCUCCCUUAACGCCAUCGUUUUCGCAGGCUGUGGUUGCGGUAGUAGCUGCAACGUGACAGGCUGGAAUCAAACGCUUCGCAGCACCCUUCCCAACUGGUAAUCGGUAAAGGUUGGCACAAUCCAGAAAUGGCAUCAGAAGACAUUACUAAGCUGGCAGAGUCCCUUGCUAAAACCCAAGUGGGCGGAGGGCAGCUGAGCUUCAAAGGCAAGAGUCUGAAGCUCAAUACUGCGGAAGAUGCUGAAGAAGUGAUUAAAGAGAUUGAAGAGUUCGAUGGGCUGGAAGCACUGCGCCUUGAAGGCAACACUGUGGGGGUGGAGGCAGCAAAGGUCAUUGCCAAGGCUCUGGAGAAGAAAUCUCAGCUCAAGAGGUGUCAUUGGAGUGAUAUGUUUACUGGGAGACUGCGGUCUGAAAUUCCCCCUGCUCUGAUCUCUCUCGGAGAAGCCCUUGUUUCUGCUGGCUGCCAGCUGAUUGAGCUGGAUCUGAGCGACAAUGCCUUUGGACCAGAUGGGGUGCGUGGAUUUGAGGCACUUCUGAAAAGCCCUGCCUGUUUCAGCCUGCAGGAACUUAAGCUAAACAAUUGUGGAAUGGGCAUUGGUGGCGGCAAGAUCUUGGCAGCAGCUUUGAAAGAGUGUCACAGGAAGUCAAGUGCUCAAGGCAAGCCUUUGGCUUUGAAAGUAUUUGUGGCUGGCAGGAACCGCCUGGAAAAUGAUGGUGCAACUGCUCUUGCUGAGGCAUUCAGAGUUAUAGGGACUCUGGAAGAAGUUCAUAUGCCACAAAAUGGAAUCAACCACCCAGGAAUUACAGCCUUAGCUCAGGCGUUUGCUGUCAAUCCAUUACUGAGGGUGAUCAACCUGAAUGAUAACACUUUUACAGAGAAGGGAGCUGUAGCCAUGGCGGAGACCCUGAAGAAACUUCGACAAGUGGAAGCGAUCAACUUUGGUGACUGCCUGGUGCGUUCAAAGGGUGCUGUUGCCAUUGCUGAAGCUGUUAAUGAAGGACUCCAUAAGCUAAAGGAACUCAACUUGUCCUUCUGUGAAAUCAAGCGAGAUGCUGCUCUAAUUAUCGCUGAGGCUACUGAGGACAAGUCAGAGUUAGAGAAGCUGGAUCUCAAUGGCAACUGUUUUGGAGAGGAGGGCUGUGAACAACUCCAGGAGAUCCUUGAAGGCUUCAACAUGGCAGAAGUGCUUGGAUCUCUGAGUGAUGAUGAAGGAGAAGAUGAUGACGAUGAUGACGAUGAUGACGAUGAGGAGGAGGAGGAGGAGGAGGAAGAAGAGGAGGAAGAAGAGGAGGAGGAGGAGCCACCUCAGGUGCAGGAGAGAGGCCAAGGAGAACAAGAAUCAUUGACACCUAAAAAAAUCAUAGAGGCACAUGAUUCUACUCCAGUGGUUUCUCCUCCUCUUCCUCCUGUGGAUGUUGGCACUUUUCUUGCUUUUCCAUCCCCAGAGAAACUGUUGCGACUGGGCCCCAAGUGUUCUAGCUUGAUAGCUCAGCAGACAGAUACAUCUGACACAGAGAAAGUAGUUAUUGUUUUUCUGAAGAUAUCUUCUGUGUUCAAAGAUGAGCCAACAGUGAAAACAGCAGUGAAUGAAACGACAGAUGCCUUGAUGAGAGAAGCCUUUUCAUCGGCAACCUUCAAUUCUGAUGCUUUCAUUACCAGCCUCCUGAUUCACAUGGGAUUGCUCAAGAGUGAAGAGAAGAUCAAGGCUGUUCCAAGCCUUUAUGGCCCUCUGAUGACUUUGAACCAUAUGGUCCAGCAGGAUUAUUUCCCUAAGUCUCUUGUCCCAGUUCUCUUGGCCUUUGUCACAAAACCCAACCGUGCUUUGGAUUCCUGUUCUUUUGCCCGACACUUGCUGUUACAAACCCUCCACCAGCUGUAAUACACAGGCAGCUGUGCCCUUCCCCAUCAUAGGACUGCUGUCAGAGUCUCUGAGAUGGAGAGCAGACAAAGACACCACAACUUAUGGAUGAAACACUCUUCCUGUCUUGCCACCAGGAUGUCUCGCUAUCUUCUGCUAUAACAAUCUUUGAGGAACUCUGCCAAGUGGUUUUUAAAAUGUUUUUGUGGGUUUUUUUGGGGGGGGGGGUUAAGCUCCCUGUUUCCAAAGUGAACUCUGUCUUCCCCAGUGUAAUUUUUUUGUGUUUUUUCUUUGUCUGAGGUUAGUCCUCCCUAACUGUUCUGCAUUCUUUGUUUCUAAGUUCUACUGUUAGAGCUUUGGAGUCAUCAAAUGGCUCAAACUGUACUGUUUGUCUGUCAGAGGACCACCUCUCUUGGGUAACAGAAAAUUCUAAUGCCAGCUUUAUUACUGUGCUAUGCUAUGUGCUUGGUGCUGGGAUUUUUUUCUUCCAGGUCUAGGCCAGCACCAGGUAUAAAGGCACUAUUUUUGCUGUUUCUCAGAAUCGUGGGGUGUGAUAGUUGUGUGGAAUGUGACAUAUAUCCCUAACUGGGGAUAUUUCACCAGUUCAUGAGUGAUCUUUCACCACUAUUCACUGAUGUUUCUGUAGGACUGAUUCUGGUAGCCUAUAAGAAGACUAUUUUUUCACACAUAUACACAUGCCCAAUUAAAAUAGGUUUGAUUCAUAAUAAGCAUAAUCAACAUUGGCUCUCCUUGGAAUCUUGCUGUUUAUACGUUGUCUUCCUGCUACCCCUUGAGUGAAUGAUUGCUUAUGGAUUGUUAGAUUUUUAUCAAGCUUGUGAGUGGAGAUUUCAUAAGUGGAAAUUGGCCUCAUUGAGCAGAUGCAGAACUGGAAAUGAGCAAGUUCUUCAUAUAAUUCAGUAACACUGACUUUCUCAUUUUUAGUUAUACUUCAUAGGUCCAAUUCCGUUAUCUUUCAGUUAUUUUCCAUUUACAAUGUUGAAAGUUCUUAGCACAUCUGCACUAGAUUGGUUUUUAAGGGGCUACUUCAAAAUGUGAAGAGAGGGGAACAUGUUGUAAAUUAGUUUCUUAUACCUCUGACUUUCUCCAGCUACCAUUGCACCCACGCAACAGUACUCUUUUAUUCAAUUGGGAGAAAACCCAUCUUUAAGAGAAUUUCCUGGGCAAGUUCAACAUGAAAGAGCAAAAUUUAGGCAACUGCCAUUCAUUUCAAGGGGCUUGCACAGGAGCCAUUCCUAGUGGGUUGUUUGAACAAGAGGACUUAGGAACUAGGAUAUCCCUACUUCCCUAUACAAGUGAGUGGUGCUUCAUAGUGUGUACUGUUUGCAUAACAUUUAUAUUGCAACUCUUUGCUAAAAAAGAAAACUUCAAUAUUGUAACUUAAGAGUGGUCUCUCUUUUUUAUUCCCCCAGGGGCUACUUUUGUCAUUAUUAAAAACUUUCAGCUGUAAUAUUUAACUGCUAACUGAAUACUACAGUUGUUUACCUUUUUUUAAAUUCACUGAAGUAAUGAGACUGACUCUCUUUUCCAUCUUGAUGCUGCAAAUUAUUUAUAAUGAAACAAAGGGACAGUUCUACCAGAAACGUCUAUGAGAUUGAAUCACCCACACUCAUUUUAUUUAAUAAAUGUAAUAUUCCAUCUUUAAAAAAAAAUGGUCAAGGUGGUUUCCAAAAAGUACCACUAUUGUCAUGCCAUUGUUAUUUUUGGUCAAACAGUUUUGUAGUGCUUUAAAACCCUAUAAACCCUGUUUGGAAUAGAUACUAAAGCAGAACAAAGGAAAGGAAUGUGUGCAUUAUGUGCAACAACACCUCUUGUUUUACUGUCAAUGCUCCUAAAAACUAUUGCUCACCUCUAGCCUUAGAUAAAGAGCCAAACCCUCAUAUUUAUUGCAUAGAAGAUCUGUGACUAGUCUCCCAAUUUACUUUUUUAUGGAAAUAUAACUGGGGGAAGGGAGCUGAAAAUUUGAUGAGAGCAACCGUGUCACUUGCUCCCUACAGGCUGCUUUUUUGCAAUUGAAAUAUCUUCCUCGCUGCUUAUAGGGGGAUGUUUGGUUUUCACACCCAGGCAUGAAAGAAGUAUGGAUGCAAUUUGUAUUAUAAAAAUGGCCUGUGGGGAAGGGGUAACCACCCAAUUUCCUCCCAUCAUUAUGAGCUGAAUCACAGUCCCCAAAGGCUGCCUUUCAGUAAAAUUAAAAUGCUAGGAGACUAAUUGUAGAUCUUAAACAUAAUGUUUAAUCUGACCUUAAAUCUGAACACCAAGGAUGUGUUCCAUCACACAUUACCUGGAUGAAUGUUUGGCCCACAUGGCAGAAACCUAACUUGCAUCAUUAAAAAAUAAACUGAAUAA